CUCAAUUCAAAAAGCUUACAAAACAUAAAGACUUCGAAACGACUAUGGAUGCAACUUAUAAUCUGGAGCUCCAAUUGCCUGGUUUCCGGUUUCAUCCGACAGAAGAAGAGUUGCUUGAUUUCUAUCUAAAAAAGAUGGUAUCUGGGAAGAACGCUCGCUUUGAUAUCAUCGGCUAUCUAAACAUAUACCUUUAUGAUCCUUGGGCUUUACCAGGAUUGUCCAAGAUUGGUGAAAGGGAGUGGUACUUUUUUGUGCCAAGAGAUAGAAAGCAUGGGAGUGGAGGGAGACCUAACCGAACCACUCAAAACGGAUUCUGGAAGGCAACUGGUUCGGAUCGUAAGAUAUUCAGUUUGUCCGACCCAAAGAAGCAUCUCGGACUCAAAAAGACAUUGGUUUUCUACAAAGGCAGAGCACCAAGGGGGAACAAAACCGAUUGGGUCAUGAAUGAGUACCGUUUACCUGAUAAUUACCCAUUAGCCAAGGAAAUAGUAUUGUGCAAAAUAUAUAGAAAGGCAACUUCUAUGAAGGUGUUGGAGCAAAGGGCAGCAAUGGAAGAAGAAACGAAGACUCUCCAAGUCCCCACUCCUUUAUCUCCCGAAGAAACUAUCUCAUUCUACACACAAACAAACGAAAUAGCACCACCGAAUCCAAUACCAGCAACACCAAUGGAGUCUUGCCACGUGGUAUCUGACAGCAACGAUGAAUUCUAUCAAGACUUGCUACUUUUCAUGGACGAAAAACUCAAAGAUGAGUGUUCACCAGAAUCAUGCCAUGUGGCAUCUGAUAAUAAAGACGGAUUACGACAUGACAAAAUGUUUACGUUUGAUGAAAAGUUGAAAGAAGAACCUGAUGUUAUCAGCGAUGCAACUAGCAGUAACAUUGAAGAUAGCACUAAUAAUAAGGUUUCCGGUUUAAGGGUACCGUUAGGAAAGGAGAUGAUACGAGAGCUGCAACUGCCCAAAAUGAACAUGGAUUGGACCCAAGACUCCUUCUGGACUCAAUUAUGCAGUCCAUGGUUAGAGAAUAUAACAUUGACAUCUCCUUAUGCUAAUAUCCUUAAUUUCUAAGUUUGUAGCAUAUAUUGAUUUAAUUGUAGAUUAUAUCUAAACGUUAAAUAAAAAUGGAACAUGGCCCAUUUUGUGAA